UUAGACUUGUUUUUUUAAGUUUGUUAAGUAAUAUUUACGUUUCGCGUUUUCUGGAACUAUUUGUCACAUUGACGUUUAGGUUAUGGUUCUUGUGCAAUUUCCCUUGGAUGCUUUGGAUUUGAAUUAAAAGAUGUUAUGAGAUAAUGUCGCCGAGGGUCAGUCACUUGGAUAAUGAGCAGUGCAGGCAGUGUACGAGUUUCGCGGAUUACAUGAAGCAGAGUAAAAAGAAGUACCAGCAGGAAAGUAAUCCCAACGAAGAGAUGUGUAUGCCCGAAGAGGCGCCAGUGAGGCGACCCGAUUGCCCACUGGAUAAAGACGAAUUGGGGAACAAGUCGUGGGGUUUGCUGCACACGAUGGCUGCGAAAUUCCCAAAAACUCCUACGUGCGAGCAGAAGGAUGACAUGAGGACGUUUUUUAACAUCUUUUCUAAGUUUUAUCCGUGCGAGCAUUGCGCCGCUGACCUGCGGAAAGAUUUGAGCGAGUGUCCGCCGAACGUUGAAAACCAGGAGAAUUUAAGUAAAUGGUUGUGCGAACUGCACAAUAAAGUUAAUGUUAAGAUAGGUAAACCGAAGUUUGAUUGUUCAAAGGUCAACGAGCGGUGGAGGGACGGUUGGCUGGACGGGUCUUGUGACUUUUAGUGAAAACAUAUAAGUAAUAGAUGUAUAGUAUUGUAUACCCUAUAAACAAAAGUUGUAACCAUUUCCAGGGUAUAUCAUUUUAUUUGUAUAAUA